GCAAAACAGGGCCCGGCGCCCGCGGCAAAAGUGGCCCGCCGGGGCAUUGUGUGGCGCACCCACGCGCCGCGGACCGGCCCCGGGCGGCUUACCGCCGGCGCGCGAUCCGCGCCAGGAUUUCGAUUUCCCCCCCUCUAUUCUUUUCCGCAGUUGUUUGGCUCUAGUAUGUUAACAGUCACGGGCAAUGUUUUAGUUUGAGCUGGGCCCCUCAGUCAGUUCCAGAUCAGUGCCAACCUUUGGACGCCAACGCAGGAAAUUUGUCUCCUAUGCCUACCGAGGCCACACGCCGGCAGCAUGUGGCCUAAGCAGCACGCGGCCUAAGCAGCAUGUGGCUGGGGCCGGAGGGGGGGGCGAUUGGAAUCCGAAUCCCAGGCCCGAGCGGCAACGGCGCCCGCGCACCCACAAGCCACGUUCCUGGCCGCCCCCCACGCGGAC